UGUGUGUGUGUGUGUGUGUGUACCAGUGCAGUCAGUGUCACAGCGGUCAGCAUGAUGUCGCCUCGCUGUCCAGCGUCUCUUGUCUUCCUCGUCCUCCUUGUCUGUUUCCUGCAGGUCUUCAUUGAAGGACAAGUGUUGCGGCAGACGGCGCCUGCUCACAGCAUCUUCCUGCGCUCCAAACGGGCCAACAACUUCCUGCUGGAGGAGAUCCUGCAGGGGAACCUGGAGAGGGAGUGCUACGAGGAGCUGUGCAACUACGAGGAGGCCAGAGAGUGCUUCGAAGACACCGGCAAGACGAACGCCUUCUGGACGGUUUAUUACGAUGGGAACCAGUGCCAGCCGAACCCCUGCCUCCAUGGGGGGAACUGCACCGACAAAGUGGGGGGGUUCAUGUGCACCUGCAUGCCCCCGUACUAUGGACCAGUCUGUGAACUGGGACUACUGGAGGAGCUGAUACCUGUUGUUAGACAGGAUUCUCUAAUGACCACCAACACAGAAAUCUCCGAGUGUCCAACUGAAGGUCCGACAGCUUGUCACCAGCUGUGCACGGUGCACUAUAACUCCUUCACCUGCUCCUGCAUGACGGGAUUCAAACUGCAGAGCGACAAACGCAGCUGUCUGCCUGAAGUGAAGUUUCCCUGUGGAAGACUUCCUCACAAGCUCAACAGCAGCACGUUACCCUGGCAGGUGUCCCUGCUGGACCGCAGAGGGGCGGAGUUAUGUGGCGGCGUGGUGCUCGGUCGACGCUCCGUCCUGACCGCCAGACGCUGCCUUCAGGAAACCGACCUGCGACCCUCCAGCUACUUCGUCAUCGCCGGCAACAAGAAGAUUCUCGCCGGCGUCCGGGCCCUCUACACCCACAACCGGUUCCAUCCAGAUGACCGUGAGUACGACCUCGUCCUCCUUGAGCUCGUCAACGCGCUGCCCUUCGGCUCCGACCUCGUCCACAUCUGCCUGCCCACGAAGGACUUCAGCGAGAACAUCCUGACGCCUGCCGGGAGGACGGGCGUCACCAAAGAGUGGAACCACAACCAGAACCGGGACAAGGACAAGGAAGAGAACCUGGUCUACAUGGCGCUGGACGAGUGUCGCAGUCAGCUGAACGUGUCGCACCCUCUCAGCAACAAGAUGUUCUGCAUGAGGAGCCCAAAUGGAGCCGAGGGGAGUGGAAACAAAGCCCAGGAGGAACCUUUAAGGAGCCAACAUGGAGGUCAGGGGAAGCCGAACCAGAGCCAGAAUCAAACCCACAGGAGUUUAAAUGGAACCGAAAACCGCCUCAGUUCAAAGACUGAAACUCAGACGCUCUCAGAAUCAGACGCCACUUCGGGGUCAGAGUUCGGGCGGUGCAGCGAGCUGUUGCCGGGGACGCCGGUCGCCACGGUGGAGCAGGAGACGGCGUUCCUGACGGGUCUGCUGAUGUCGACGACGGCGGCUGGCUGCGACGGCGACGGCAUGGUGUUCACCAAACUGUCCCGCUACCUGUCGUGGAUCAAAGCGAGGCUGGAGGCGUCCGAGAAUCACUUCACCACACAAUUCAACCAGUACCCCGAAAACCACUGAAGCUCCCCCCAAAAAAACCUCCCCAUCCUUUAAAACUCUUUCAAAUUAAGAGCGAACUGACUCUCAUUCCACUUGUUUCCGCUGUUAACACGACAAAAUAUUUCCUGAAUUGCCCCGAAAAUGCUUUUAUUGAUUACUUCUUCGUCUGCUGGUGCGUUCGAGGACGCUCCGACAUGUGACCGCCGAACUCUUCUCACAAAACUCACUAAAGGGGAGAACGGGGUUGGUUGUCACAUUCAUUAGAUGUCCGUCUCUAGAGGGCGCUGUUGUUAAAAAAUGUUGCUAAUGAAAGGUUCAGAGUUUAGUUGAGAUGUUACUUCAGAAGUCAUGAGUGAGAGGACAGUUUGGUGUUUUUAAAUAUCCAACUCUUCAAUGUUUCUCUUCUUUUACAAAACGAGUUUGUAAUAAAACAUCAUUAUUAUUAAAAAGUAUGAAGAGAGCGAUAGUUUAACUACAACAUGAGGCUGUUAGCUUCCAGUUGGGGUUGGUUUAUACAUUUAUGGUGUAAUAUAUCUAAUUCUUUCUUUUAACCCUCACACACUGUUCAUAUUCUGACCCUCAUGAUUUGUCUCUACACCAAACUCACAGAUAAAUGUGUGAUUAAUCCUGAAUGAAGCUUUCAGAGAGUUUAUUUUUCAGUUUGUUGUGUUUUGUUCCAUAAAACAAGAACACUGAAUUAUUACAAUUAAUUAUAUUAAAUGUAAAAGAUUCAACAAUAUGUUUGAAUGUUGAUUUUUGGGUCAAACAGUCUCUACAGUGCUUUGUUUAUACUGAUUGUACAGUUUGAACAGUUUGAACAGUAUGUAAAGGUUAAGAGGGCAGAAUGAGCAGGAAUUUCAUCAGGAAGACAAACAAAGAGCCAGAACAGUAAAGUUCAGAGCAGUCAGAGAGAGUUAAACUGCACAAUAUUGUUAUAUAAAGAUUUAAAAAAUGCACUUAUAGGAAUGAUUUAUGUUCUGUUGGUGCAGGAGAUGUUAGGUUGUUGUAUUUCAAUGAGAUUGUCUACAUGUGUUUUAUUUUUCUCCAUUAAAAUAACACAGAAACAA